GGUAAGUAAAGUUUAUAAUGAUUUUGUGCCUGCACUUUUCAGGAUCAGUAAACAAGUGCUCUUAGUCGGUACUGUGCAGCAUCACACACAGUACAAUGAAGUUUUUUAAAGUCUUAACGGUGUUGUUUUUAGUUGCGGGUAUCGGGAGUGUGUCUACCGCAAAAGUUCCAUCCGUAUUCGGUGUGUUUUUUUCGAAUACGAACACGAAAAAUCAAAUACAGGAUAAUAGUGUGCCGGAAAAAGACGCCAAAUCGGAUUACUCAGUGAUUGAAGAUGAAUUUACGAAGUUGCGUAUUGAGUACAUCAAGAAUCAAAUACUCAAGAAGCUCCGUCUUAAGGAAAAACCUACUAUCACUAUAUCUGAACUGCCUAAACCUGUGAAAGAAUAUGAAAACCUUCUACCCAGCCAAGACAUGAAUCUACAAAGUAGUUAUUCCGAUGAUUUUUAUGGAAAAACCACACAAGCCAUCAUAUUCCCCUACGAAGAUGAGGCGCGUUGCUCUAAAACCAUCCGUUUUCCUUCUGCCUGUCUUCCGUUCCAAAUGCCAAAUGACAUUCACACAUCUGAAGUCGCUAGUGCAGAGUUAUGGUUCCAUAAGGAGAAAGAUUUCUUGGACGAGCACAAUCAGACUUUUGUCAUAUAUGAAGUGGCUCACUGGGAUACUAAAAAGAGCUUCCAGAAAACUACCCCCAUCGCUAUCCAAGAGACUAGUCUUACCGAGGGAUGGUUAAAAAUUGAUGUGACCUAUGUCGUCAAAAACUGGCUGGAUUUCCUGGAGUCUCCCGUGCAUGCUAUUAAUGUGGUGUGCAAAACAUGCGAUAUGGAGAAAAACCAAUCACCAAUAUCAUUUACCAGUGAGCUCAAACCAUUCUUGGUUAUAUACACCCACUCCCAACAAAGAAGGACGAUGACCCACAGAAGGCAGAAAAGAUACACCAACUGUGAUUCUGGUAUAACGGAAUGUUGCAGGGAAAGUCUUUACAUUUCCUUUACUGAGAUCGGAUGGGACGAUUGGAUAAUAAAGCCUGAGGGGUACAAUGCGUAUUUCUGCAAGGGGUCUUGUACGACAGCCGCAGCUAUGACACUUAGUGCCUCACAACAUAACAGUAUACUUCAGAAAGUUAUGAAAGGUCACGAAAAACGCAGGAUUGCAGGACCAGAAAUUACACCGUGUUGCGCAGCGAAACAGUUUCAACCCCUGCAGCUUGUAUAUAUGCACAGCAAUAAGACGUUAACCACGAAACUAUUAUCAAAUAUGAUAGUGGAAAGUUGUGGGUGCAUGUAACCAAACGAAAAACGUGAUAACUUUUGACAGUAUUGUGACUAUAGUGAUAUCUGAAUAUCCCAGUGAAAACAAGUUUUUGUGACGAGGUAGAAGAAGAGUAGUUCAGUUGAAAGUUACAAGUUUUUCGUAAAAAUUUCAAAGAAGAAGAACGUAUUCGACAUUUAACAGUGCAUCUUAAACGAAUUGGCAAAAUAACUAAAAUCACAAGGAAUCUUUUAAAGUUAUUGAAAACAGUUAAUAUAAUAAAAAUAAUAUAAUUAACAAUAUAACAAUAUAGUUGUUAUUGAGUUAUUAUCAGGAAGAUGUUUUCUUUUUUUAGUAAUCCCAACAAUAACUUUAAAAUUCCUUAAUAGUAUCUCAUAUUAUGGCAGAUAAUAACGUACGUGCUUAUAUUUGAGGUGUUCAUGUUACAUUAGUAUGAUGUUGCGCCGUUAUUUUUUCUGGUUCACUCCGUCUUGUGCAUUUGCACAUUUAAGUACAUUUUAAACUAAAUAACUCUGUGCUGGACUGUCUUGAAACAUUUUAAAUUUUUGAGAAUGUUCUAGAAAAGUCAGCUUUAACGCCUGCGGCACCGUGAAAUCUGUUAAGGGGCUCUGAAGGAAUUGAAAUUGUACUCCCUAAAUGUUUCAGGUGCAUCUAAAAUUCCCAAGGCAAACUGUGAUGCUAUAGGAAUUGGCUGGUAUGUUCUAUUGAUCUCUAGAAGACGGGCUAAAUAUGAAAAAAUGACGGCGUGAUAUCACGACUUAUCGUAUUCAAAAUGUGUCUCAGGGAGUUUCAGGUAUAAAAAGUUGAUACUUUGUAUCUACUAUACUUUCGAUUUUGUGAAAGUUGCCUUUAGACUUUUUAAUUUAAAAAGUGUGAAAGUUUCGAAAUGAAAGAUAUUUCAAAUUUUAACUAUGUGUAAUAGUUAGUAAUGUCAAAUGCAAUGUAGUUUUAGUAAAAAAAUGUGUUCUUUCAAGUGAGUGUGAUAUUAGAGUAAUUGCUAGAAUAUUAUUUAAUUUAUUUUUGUUGUAUGAAUGUUCGUUAGUUAGUAAUAGUUAUUUAUUUAAUAGGCUUAGUACCGUAUUUUUAUAUAUUACAUAUUAAAACAUUUGUUUUUACAUAACAAAUAAAAAAAAUUUAAUUAA